CGCAGUUUGUGGGUAACAAGUUGUGAGUCUCGCCUGCUGUAUUGUACGGUACUGUAUUGCACGGUCAUGCGCUCCCGUUGCACGCAGCUGCGUGUCCCAUGUUCGUGUCGCUGAGAUCAGCGCAUCGGUUGCUCCGAUUUUCUCGCGCUGUCUUCUCUCCCUGCUGUCCCUGUUGCCCCUGUCUACCCCUACUAAACUGCCCUAACACCUGGAGAUCUUGCAUACCAGAAGAAAUCCCUGGAGACGCCUACACUGAAAUGGGUCGCAAAGAGGCUGACUAUGACUGGAAGAAGAGCACUGACAACAUUCAAGAUGUAUUCGACUUCAUAGAAGUGCUCGGAUCGGGAGCGUUCUCUGAGGUGUUCAUGGUGAAAGAAAGGAAAACAGGAAAGCUGUUUGCCAUUAAGUGUGUGAAGAAAAAGAAUAAAAAGGACAUCAACUUGGAGAAUGAGAUUGCUGUGUUAAGGAGGAUUAAACAUGAAAAUGUUGUGGGGUUGGAAGAUCUCUACGAAAGCCGCACUCAUUACUAUCUCGUCAUGCAGCUCGUUUCAGGUGGUGAGCUUUUUGAUCGGAUCCUGGACCGGGGUGUGUACUCAGAGAAGGAUGCUAGCUUAGUAAUAAGGCAGGUGCUCGACGGAGUUAACUACCUGCAUAAGAAUGGCAUAGUACAUCGUGAUCUCAAGCCUGAGAACCUGUUGUACUAUAGUCCAGAUGAAAAGUCCAAGAUAAUGAUCAGUGAUUUUGGACUUUCAAAAAUGGAGGACAAGGGCAUCAUGUCCACAGCCUGUGGUACCCCAGGCUAUGUGGCUCCAGAGGUAUUAGCUCAGAAGCCCUACAGUAAAGCAGUGGACUGCUGGUCUAUUGGAGUCAUUACCUAUAUACUUCUCUGUGGAUAUCCUCCUUUUUACGAGGAAUCGGAGACUCGUCUUUUUUCGAAGAUCAUGAAAGCCAAGUACGAGUUUGACUCUCCCUUCUGGGAUGACAUUUCAGAUUCUGCAAAGGACUUCAUCUGCAACAUGAUGCAGAAGAAUCCUAAUUUGCGCUACACUACAGAGCAAGCGCUGAGACAUCCAUGGAUCAUCGGGAAAACCGCCCAAAAUCGUGAUAUCUACCAUUCUGUCAGCACGCAGAUCCAGAAGAACUUUGCCAAGUCCAAGUGGAAGCAAGCAUUCAAUGCUACAGUGGCCAUCAACCAUAUGAAGAAGCUACAGCUUGCCCACGGUGAGGCAUCGGCCAAACAGAGCAUGAAACAGAUUCAGCUGCCUGACAUUAAAGUCACUUCGAUGCCUCACCCUGAAGCAACAGACAACCAUCCAAUCCAUGACAAUCAAGAACCCAACGGCAACAUACCUUGCGGUCAUAUGACGUUGCCAUCUGUUUCCUUGGAAACAAAAGCUCAGUACCUCCUGCCGAAGGUCAGCCAUAGUGUUACGCUCACAGUCACUGAGAAGACCAAACACGUGUACCACUCUGAACCAGGAAACCUAAAUAGGUAUGAGAAGACCGGCUCCAAUCACAGUGUGGAGAAAAUUCAGACUAGUGUCUGCUGUGUCAUGUGACUGGCCAUUGCAGCAUUAUGAGUGGACAUAAUUAGAUCUUUGACCUGUCUUUUGGCCACUGGUUACUUGAAGCUGGCAUGCUUUGGGGUUUGGCUCCUUUGGGAUAUGGAGUGAAACUAGACAGCUGACUUGCUGCUUGUUGCGGUUUCACCAAUGUACUGGAGAUGAGAAGAGUGCCUCCAUAUCAUCAAAUCAUAGACCUACAGUACAGUACCCUCUGAGAACAGAAGAACGUUCUUAGGCACCUGGUGGUAUUAUAGCACAAAGAGCUUGUUCCUCAGGGCUGAUGUAAGUCCAGCCCUGUGUAUUCUAUCUGUAAAGAGCAAUCCAUUUUAUCCAUAAAUUGUGUGCUUCAUAUUACAUGGAGAGUAUUGGUGAUGCGAUAUUUGUAUUAUUUAUUUCCUAAUAGUCUGUAAUUUGCUGUGAUAUUUAACUCUGAAUUGUUUAGCCCCACCUCUGGCUUAUGUCUCAGAGGAAAUACUAAAUUUAUUCAGUAGGGUUUAAUUGCUGAACCCAGAUGAGGAGACUGUGGUUGGCAAGAUCCCACUAACCACUGCAUUAAGGUUAUAUUUAGAUUUUGUGUCAUUUACUUAAUGUACCUUAGGGACAAAGUUUAUUUUUUAUAAGAAAUAUAUGUAUAUUAUGAUUAUUCUGCGGAAAUAUGUGUGUUGUUUUAUAAUAACCUGUGUCACUAUACCUUUCAACAUAACAGAAUGUCUUUCCUUUUUUGAUAAU